AUGACUUUGACAACCAGUGUUCGGCAUGGAAUUGUCCCCUCCUCGACACCAUCAAAUCUGAAUCCGAUCCUGCGAAUGUCAGGACAACAGCGAUUGGCACAGUCUGCAGGCUUGCGGCUCAUAACACCUGCGCCUGCUACUGUUGGACUUGGCAGCAACAGCAGACUUCGAAGUGUCGCACUCGCCCGUGCCUAUUCAUCAUCGGCUCAGUCUCCGGUGGUAGCAGCCGCUGCAGCAGCACCACCAGGCCCAUCCACUCCCUUGGAAAGAGAUUCCCACGGCCUCCUUCCCGAUGCGAUGCGCCCACACCAACUUUAUUCGGCGCCAUCGCCAGGGCUGACAAUCUAA